AUGGACAAUAUAAUUCAGGAUGAAUUGCAGUUAUUACAUGAAAUGUUUCCCGGUGAAUUCAAAGUUGACUUUGAUUCAAAUCAAUGUACAGUUACUUUUUUAGUAACUCCUGGAGUGGGGUUUAAUAAUCCCGCAAACAAGUUUAUAAAAUUUAACCUAAACUUGAAGUUUACUUCAAAGUAUCCAAGAGAGUCACCUACAAUCUCUGUGGAAUCUGUCCAUGGUCUGAAAGAAAAGGAUAUUGCAAAAUUAUUAUCCCUUCUAAAAGAUUUAACUUUGGAACGAAACGGCGAUCCAGUCAUUUUUGAUGUCGUGGAUUUUUGUCGUGAAUUUAUUUCACCCAACAUCCCAACUGUUGAGUGUGCAAUAUGCUUGAAUUACUUCCGAAAUGAAAGUGAUGUCUACUGUACAACAAAUUUUCAUUAUUUCCAUACAUACUGUAUUGGUGAGUAUAUGAAUCGCAGAAGAGUAGAAUAUGAAGAGGAAAUAAACGAAUUAAAAACCAGGUGCCCAUACACUGAAUUUCCACCACUUGAAACGUUUUCCUCCAUCAAACAAUUUCGGGUGAAUAAGUUUUACCGAUGCAUGGACAAUAUAAUUCAGGAUGAAUUGCAGUUAUUACAUGAAAUGUUUCCCGGUGAAUUCAAAGUUGACUUUGAUUCAAAUCAAUGUACAGUUACUUUUUUAGUAACUCCUGGAGUGGGGUUUAAUAAUCCCGCAAACAAGUUUAUAAAAUUUAACCUAAACUUGAAGUUUACUUCAAAGUAUCCAAGAGAGUCACCUACAAUCUCUGUGGAAUCUGUCCAUGGUCUGAAAGAAAAGGAUAUUGCAAAAUUAUUAUCCCUUCUAAAAGAUUUAACUUUGGAACGAAACGGCGAUCCAGUCAUUUUUGAUGUCGUGGAUUUUUGUCGUGAAUUUAUUUCACCCAACAUCCCAACUGUUGAGUGUGCAAUAUGCUUGAAUUACUUCCGAAAUGAAAGUGAUGUCUACUGUACAACAAAUUUUCAUUAUUUCCAUACAUACUGUAUUGGUGAGUAUAUGAAUCGCAGAAGAGUAGAAUAUGAAGAGGAAAUAAACGAAUUAAAAACCAGGUGCCCAUACACUGAAUUUCCACCACUUGAAGUACCGUGUCCACUGUGUCGUGCCGAAUUCCUACCAUUCAGUGAAGAUCUUGUCAAUCUAGUACAUUCACAGAAAAAUACCGAAAACAGUGACAGUUUAAACCUCUCCUCUCCCAUGACUAUGAUUAUCAAUAAUGUUGUCGUUAUUAAUUCCAUCAACCAGCUGUGGUCUUGAAACGGGAAUAGUUGAACUACUUACAAUAAGCUGAAGGCCGGAUUCAGCUUUGCUGUAGAUGAAAAAGAAAGUAAAAGUGAAUAAAAAAACAUGAGAGAAAGCACUUUUACACAGUGUAUAUAUAUUAUUUAUUAAUUAACGGCGAUCAACAACUUUCUUAUCUAAACAAUUUGGACUUCAAUCACAUCUUAAGUAUGAUACAGUUGUACAUGAAUAAUAACUCUGUUGAUAGUGAAUAGUUAAUCCGUACGAUUUUAUCUCUCAUUUAAUGUUAAAGUGAUCUCAAGUGUUUUUAAAGAUAUGAUGGCGGUUGGUACUUCCUAGUUAUUCAUGUCGUAGAUGAAUACUUUUUCUUGAGGUAGUUCAAGAAUACAACUGAAUUAAGGAUGCUAUUGACAGCCCGGGAGUACGACAAAAAAACACAAGGAACAACUGCUCAUACAGCCUAUUAGUGAGCAGUAUUAGACUUGAGGUUUGAAGGAAAUGCCUAACUACCGUUACACCCAAGUACAGUUAACAGUACAACUUCGCCCUUGAACCUAAAGGAAUAAUUUCCCCAGUCAACUUAACCUGACUAAUUUAUCGCGGUUCGUGCACCCUACCACUACGUCAAAGCGGUAGCU